AUGUUGAACACAACUGAGCAACUCAAUCUGUAUGAAACCCAACAACCACUGUUUUUGGGGGAGUCAGAUUCAGAGUUGAAGCGUUGUUUCACUUCACCACCACCAUCAAAGCCAACCCAUUUGAGCUCUUAUGACGUUGAUGAUGAGUUAUUGUUGUUUCUGACUGAUGCAAUACUAUCCAGCACUGUAGUGGAUGCUCUGAUCCCUAACACCGAACCAUAUGACCCAGGACCACCCAAACCUCCUCUCACAUCCAGUCGGUCGCCGCUAAUCUCAACGGAUUCAAAACUUCAGAUUUACGCACCUACCCACAACCUUACACCCUCUGAUGAUGCUGAUUAUGAAGUUCCACCAAAAUUCCCUGAUGUUAUUUCAAAUAUUGAAAUAACUCACACACGUAGAAAACAAAAUAUGCACAUAAGAUGUUGGAUGAAAUUACUAACACAGAUAUUGUUGCUUACACUUCCAUUAUCAACGCUUAUGCUCACUCUGGUGAUUCCUCUGCUUAUGGUGCUUUCAAGAUUGCUUCCACAAUGCAGCAACAAGAGAUGCUUCUGA